GUACUCGAUAGUGAAGCCACACCAGAUACUCUGCUUCUGUGGUCUAUAUUUAAUUGUUACUGUUGUUGCGGAGCAGCUAUAAAACCCCCAAACCUGAUUCAAUUAUGAUCAUCCUUCCACACCAAAUCAAUUCCAAACACUAAAAGUAAUGGAGUUUCCCCUUCCAUACCUAAACCCACUGUCCAUCAUUCUUCUCUUCAUUAUCUCUUCUUGUUAUUUGUCACGAAAGUGGGUGAAGAGGGGAGUUUGUGAGGCAAAGAAGGCCCCUUCGCCGCCGGGUGCUUGGCCCAUAAUUGGCCACCUCCAUCUGCUCAACAAUGGGAAGCUCCCCCACCGUGUUCUUGGAGCCAUGGCCGACAAAUAUGGCCCGAUCUUUCACCUGCAGCUCGGCUCUCGCCCUGCUCUGGUCGUCAGCAAUUGGGAAAUGGCCAAAGAAAGCAUGUGCAUUAACGACGGCGCCGCUGCAUCUCGCCCUGAACUCUCGGUCUCCAAGAACUUCUCUUACCACUUCGCCAUGUUUGGGUUGGCUUCUUACAGCCCUUACUGGCGCGAUAUGCGUAAAAUAUCCCACUUGCACCUCCUCUCCAACGGACGUGUCGAUCAGGCUAAGAGCAUGAUGCUUAGUGAGAUGGCCACAUCAGUUACAGAGUUGCACACAAGAUGGGCUUCGGAGAAGAACCAAUUGGGACACAUUAAGGUGGAGAUGAAGCGUUGGUUUGGCGAUGUGACAUUGAAUAUGCUUCUUAAGGUCAUCAUAGGUAAAAGAUGCGUAGGUCCAAACGCCAAGGGAGAUGAAAAAGAAGCAAUAGACUUGCAAAUGGCAAUUAGGAAGUCUUUUCAUUUGAUGGGUGAAGGGAUGCUGAGAGACUACAUUCCUAUUCUUGCAAAUCUGGGAUUUGAUAGACAUGUUAAGGCAAUGGAGAAAAUAGCCAUACGAAUCGACUCCAUUCUUCAGGGUUGGCUCCAAGAACACCGCCGGAAUAAAGCUAAAAAUCAGAGUUUGGAUACUAAAGAUGGAGACUUUAUGGAUUCUUUGCUUUCGUUAUGUCGCUCCAACGAGCUUCCGAGCCAAUUCGACCACGAUACAAUUGUCAAAGCCACAAUACUGAACAUGAUUGCAGGUGGAACUGAAAGCAGCUCUGUGACUCUAACAUGGGCGCUGUCAUUACUGGUAAACAACCCGGGAGCGCUGGAGAAGGCUUAUGAAGAGCUUGACCAAGUGGUGGGAAGAGACAGGCGAGUGAAUGAGAGCGACAUAACCAAGUUGGUUUAUUUACAAGCCGUAGUGAAAGAGACAAUGCGACUGUACCCAGCAGGGCCUCUCUUGGGUCCUCGUGAGUUCUACAAGGACUGCUUUGUGGCCGGCUAUUUUGUUCCCAAAGGCACCCAAUUGAUCCCGAACAUUUGGAAGAUCCAAACCGACCCACGCGUGUGGCCAGACCCCUUUGAGUUCAAGCCGGAGAGGUUUUUGACGACCCAUUGCGACGUGGAUUUGAAAGGGAAUAAUUUCGAGUUGAUUCCGUUUGGGAGUGGGCGAAGAGGGUGCCCCGCAGUUGCGUUUGGGCUUCAGAUGGUGCAUUUCGCCUUGGCUGGCCUUUUGCAUUCCUUUACCGUCAAAACCCCGACGCCCCAACCAGUUGAUAUGGCGGAGCAUUUCGGUAUGGCCAAUGAGAAAGUGGUUCCUCUUAAUGUUUUGGUCACCCCGCGUUUACCUUCGCAUCUUCACGGCCCAAUAAUGUAGUCGCUUCCAGGCUUGUAUUUUGGGUGUUUAUGGCGAAGUUAUUUGUUUUAUGUCUGUCAUGUAUGUGUUCGUGUUAAACUACAAUAGUCGCCAGCUAUGUUUUUAUCAAAAGUCUUUGUAAUAUUAUUUAAUCAAA